AUGACUGAGGAGCAAAUAAAUGAUCUAUCAAUACAUGAAGAUGAUGAUGUCGUGGAUCCCUGGAAUGUAGCUGGAAAGUCUGAAACGGGGAUAGAUUAUGACAAGCUUAUCAAAAGAUUUGGCAGUCAGAAAAUAGACGAGGAGGUUAUAGCAAGAUUCGAGAAGGUUACUGGCAAGAAAGCUCAUCACUUCCUAAGACGAGGCAUAUUCUUCUCUCACAGGGAUAUCCACAGUAUUUUGAACCUGGUGGAAUCCGGAAAGAAGUUUUAUUUGUACACUGGGAGAGGUCCAUCUUCGGAUAGUAUGCAUAUAGGACAUAUGAUACCAUUUAUGUUUACAAAGUGGUUGCAAGAAGUGUUUGAUGUUCCGCUGAUAAUACAACUUACUGAUGACGAGAAGGUUAUGUGGAGGGAUAUAAAGGUAGAAGAUGCAAGACAGAUGGCUUACAGCAACGCCAAGGAUAUCAUUGCAGUGGGAUUUGAUCCAUCAAAUACAUUUAUAUUCAAUGAUCUAGAUUUUAUUGGUCAAUGUCCAGCAUUCUACCAAAAUAUGCUGCGGAUACAAAGGUGUGUGACGUUCAAUCAAGUGAAGGGAAUCUUUGGGUUUGGUGAUUCAGAUGUUAUUGGGAAAAUUACCUUCCCAUCUAUAGAGGCGGCACCUGCCUUCUCCACUACAUUCCCAUUCAUUUUUGAUAAUAAAGUGGUACCUUGUCUAGUUCCUUGCGCCAUCGAUCAAGACCCAUACUUCCGUCUGACCCGUGACGUAGCUCCGCGUCUUCGUCUACCAAAACCAGCGCUCCUACAUGCCACGUUCCUACCAGCCUUACAGGGAGCUCAACACAAGAUGUCCGCGAGUGAUCCAAACGCAUCUAUCUUCCUUAAUGAUACUCCGAAGCAGAUUAAGAAUAAGAUCAACAAGUAUGCGUUCUCCGGCGGGCGCGCGACAGUAGAGGAGCACAGAGAAAAGGGCGGGAACACUGACGUUGACAUCUCAUACAAAUACCUCACGUUCUUCCUAGAAGAUGAUGACAGACUCGCUGAGAUAAAGAAGCAGUAUGAAUCCGGUGAGAUGUUGACCGGUGAAUUAAAGAAGAUAGCCAUCGAUACCAUAACGCCCAUCAUCACGGACUACCAGCAGAGGAGGGUCAAGGUCACGGAUGACGUCAUGAAGGAGUUCUUCGCUAUCAGGAAACUCAACUUCUAG